AUGGCUCAAAAUGUCCAAUACUCUGGUUCAUCUGCGAUAUCGUUCAUUUGCGAAAAUGCUCAGUGCACCCUGCCGGAGUUACUGGAAGCUCUCGGCAAGUCUGUGGACAAUGGCGGACACGCGCCCUUUGAUAUUGACUUCAUCUUGGUGAAUCAGUCCUCCUCUCAAGCAAUGGACGCACCAACUUACGCGUGUAACGUGAGCCUUCCGCCAUUGGGACCAAAUCCGGGUCAGGAGGCCUGUGAUUGCUCCGAUUGUCCGUCCGUCUGCCUACAACCUGACUUUCCACAGCCGGACACACCCAUUCUCGUGUUUGGAGUUCCCCUUCCGUGGCUUAUUUGUGGAGGCGUGUUUGGCGUCCUUCUUGUAGUCUUCGUCGCCAUUGAGGCGUCGAGUUGCUGUCGCUGCUCUCGACGCCACGAGCAUACUGAAGGUGAGGAGGACACUGAAUUGCUUAUUUCAACGUCUUCCGGUGAUGAUCACCACGCAUCUUGGAGACAAAGACUCGGUGCUGCUUUGGAUUCGGCUCUCCUUAAGGUUAGUACACCUUUGUCUUUCCUGGUUCUAUGCCAUUUGGACUAUUUUUGGCUCUACUAG